CAAAAACCCAACAGCUGAUUUGGUGCCGACAAAGAUGCCAGGUCAGAGCGACGCCGGUAGUUCUGGCGACGUCGUUAUCCAGGCUAGAUAUCCAGGAGCUAGAGACGUUCGAGUUUAAUUCCCGAAUUCCCGUUCGUGGUAAAAAUAUACGCGCGCGGAAUUUUUAGCGCUCCGACGUCAUUUUUCAGUUUGAAAGUGUAGAUAAAUUUGGGAUAUUCAUUUUUUUUUUUGGCAACUGAAAAUAAGAGUGUUUAGGUCCAUGAUGAUCCUAGAUUGGCGAGAAUUAAAACAUUAUCUGGACACAAUCUAACUAAACAAGUUUUUUUAAAACCAGUAUAUUCAGAUCCUCCAGACCUGAACUGACAAAAUGACUGGAACGCUUUUCAGUGAAAAUUCAAAGUGAAUGUGAAAAAUGUCUAGUGACACUGAUGCGGCUAAGCAAAAGGGGCACUCGUCAGGAACCGUUAAGAAAAAACACAGAUCCAGAUCCAGUCCUAGAUCAAAAAAUGAUCUGGAUAAACCGAGAAAGAAAAGGAAUCUUAGUGCAGCUAACUCAUUUGCAUCCAUUCCAUAUGCUAUCAAAUUGUCUAUGUUAAAUAGUGGAUUGUUGCCGACCAGUAAGUUUAAUGAUGAAAAUGGAUCAGUGGGCGAAACGAUUGACGACAGACCAAUUGAAAUUUCGGAAUUUAUGAAACUUUGCGAACAGCGACGAAAGUUUCCAGUUUUGUAUAAAUUGGAGUUCGAGAUUGCAGAAAAGACAGAGCCCCAUUCUUGUCGGCAUGGAACUAAAAAGGGUAACUUAGAAAAGAACCAGAACCAAAAAUGCAUUCCUUAUGAUUAUAACAGGGUAGUUUUAGAUACCAUAGAAGGCGAACAUGACAGCGAUUAUGUUAACGCCUCAUAUGUAGAUAGCCUAUUGAAACCAAACGCCUAUAUCGUAACCCAGGGCCCCACAGAAGAAACUGUUACAGAUUUCUGGAGAAUGGUUUGGCAGGAAAAAGCAAGCUGUAUUGUGAUGUUGACUAAAACUUUUGAUUUCAUCAAGGUGAUGUGUGUUCAGUAUUGGCCAGCCUCCAAUGACCUAGAAGAAACUUACGGGGGUAUUCACUUAAAAGUCAUUCAAGAGGAAGAAUUAGCCAAUUUUAGAAUAAGAACUUUUAGGCUAUAUAAGAAACAAAAUGAUGGGUCAGUUAUGGAAGAACGAUUUAUUCUUCAAUUUCACUUUACUGAAUGGCAUUGUCACUCCUGUCCCUUUGGCAAUGCACUACUGGAAUUUAGGAGAAGAGUCAGAGCUGUUGUUGGCCAUAGGAUAAAGUCGAAGGAAGCUGGACCGAUGAUAGUACAUUGCAAUGAUGGUGGAGGUAGAUCCGGAGUCUAUUUAUCAGUAGACGCCAAUAUGGAACUUGGUGAAGAAGAAGACAAAUUUGACGUCUUCGGGUAUCUCAAGAAGUUAAGGCAGUCUAGAAUGGGUAUGGUAGAAAAUGUGGAUCAAUACAAAUUCGUCUACGACACCCUCGAAGAGUACGUUACCUGCGGCAACUCCUGGUUUAGCGUGAGUGAACUUUCUCAAAGGCUCAAGCAGAAAUCCCAGAAGAACGCUAUGAGCAAGUUGAACGAGUACCAAAGAGAAUAUAUGCUUAUUUGCAAGCAAACCCCUAAAUUUACUAUCGGAGAUUGUGCUGGAGGUCAUAGAGGAGAUAAUCGGAAGAAGAAUAGGGAUGUUUUGAUUGUUCCACCUGACAAUUUCAGGCCCUACCUAACUUCAUUCCAAGGAAACAAUUUUACUGAUUACAUCAAUGCCGUAUUUGUUGACGGAUAUACUAAACCAAGGGAAUACAUAGUGACGGAAUGGCCGAUAAAAUCGACCCUUGGAGAAUUUUGGUCGUUGGUUUAUGAUUACGAGUGUUCAGCGGUUGUGGUUUUGUGUAUUCCUCCUCAGAAUUCGCAACAGUUUCCAUCUUUUUGGCCCGAAGGUCGUAAUCCUAAAAAAUACGGACCUGUCUUCACGAUAGACCAUAUAUCGCAUAAUCACUAUUCCAAAAUCAAAACUUGGGUAUUCAGGAUAAACAAAAAAGUUAUAUCUCUUACUGAACUUAUGGCCGGUGUGAAGGCGCCUCCGAAAACAGUGCAACUGUUUCAGCUGAUGUGUUGGCCAAUGGGUCACAAAGUACCAACAUCCACUAACUCUCUUGUGGAAUUAAUGAAUAUGGUUGAAAAAUGGAGACAGCGGAGUGAAUAUGGACCUGUUUGUAUUGUGUCUCCGGAUGGCAGAAGUCGCUGUGGAAUUUACUGUUCAGCAAAUGCCUGUAUAGAACAAGUAAUCCAGCACGGCGAAGUGGAUAUUUUUCAGGCAGUUAGAACUGUGAGAAGACACCGGCCGCAAUUGAUAGAGAAUAUUACUGAAUAUAAAUAUUGUUACGAUGUCGUCCUCCAUUACGUCCUCCACUAUCUUCAAAAAGAUUUAGAAGAAUUGAAGGGAACUAAAAAAUAAAUAAUUUUAAGGAAGCUUUUCUAUUAUGUGUACAAUCAAUGGAAAAAAUGCAUGGGAUUUUUUUUGUAUUAGGUAUUAAAUCAAAGAGAUUUGUAAACAAAGUAUGCGACUUUCUGAAUAUUUAUAUGUACUGUUUCUCUAGUUUGAUAUGUAAAACGAGCUACAAUAUAUUGCUCAUACCUUUUCGUGAAAGUAUGUAAUGAAAUAAGUACCCAAAUAUAUUUAUGAAAUCACAACAAUUUUGGUAGUCCAAAGCAAACUUUGUCCAAAGCAACCAAAUCUUUGAGGCCAAACAGAUCUGUGAGUUUUCUAUAAUUAAAAAGUGACCUAUUUUUCUGUGCUAUACGUACGUUACUUACAUGUGUAUAUUAUAUUAAUUAUUAAUGCCUAUAUUUUUAUUACUUUGUUGUUUAUUUUAGGUGUAUUCCUGUGAACGUCUUUAUAUAAAUUAUAUGUUACAGGAAACUGCUUGCUAA